AUGCCAGAAGCAGCCCACCACCUUCCAGAACAAGAAGCACAUGCUUCUCAAAUGGGCAAGGAGACUCUCCCCUGCUACUACCACAGCAUCGACCUGGGCUUCAAAACCCACCAAAGAGAAAAAUACCCUUUCACUGGUAAUGGGUCUAUUUGUGGUCGCAUCCUGUCAGGUGCAGUUACUGAGAUGAAUAUGCAGCGUACCAUUGUCAUCCACAGGGAUUACUUGCAUUACAUCCGCAAGUACAACCGUUUUGAGAAGCGCCACAAGAACAUGUCUGUGCACCUGUCCCCCUGCUUCAGAGCUGUCCAAAUUGGGGAUAUUGUGACCGUUGGAGAAUGUCAAACUCAUCAGCCAGGUUACUGAUUCAACAUCCUCAAAGUCAUAAAGGCGGCUGGCACUAAGAAGCUGUUCCAGAAGUUUUAAAGGCAGCAAAUGGAAAAUGUUCAGAAUGAAUAAAACUUUUCUUAAA